AUGCGAUAUAGACAAAGAACAAGAGUCACCGUUCGUACAUGGGCUCCCACCCUUCUCUCUGUUCUUGAGGAGAGACGGAAAAGGCGACGCACCGCGCGGCCCCUAGGAAGUGUGUGCGGUUUAGCUCGCGGCUCCCCCUGCCAGGAGCCCCGGGCGGCGAAGGGCUGCGGAGGCGCCAGGUUCUCCCGGGGACCUGGGGGUUCUCCUGCGGGCCGACCACAGGCUGUGGGGGGCGGAGAAGCGACAGGGCUGGCGCUUUUCCGUCGGCUGUGCCGGGCCAGUCCAGUCCAGGACAGGAAGGGCCGCCAGACCCGAGCAGCUACGGUCCCCGGGGCAGACCGAGGAUGGGGCCAGCACAGCCAGGGGGCGCGCCGCUGCUGCUGUGGCUGCUGUGUGCGCUCAGUCAAGGUAAGCCGGAGUGUGCUCGCCAUCGGUGCCGGAGGGACCUGCGCGGGUCCGGGGAGCGGAAGGAAGGAAUUGGAAGAACAAGGAACCGGCCGCCAAAAGCCCCCCCUGGAAUCCAACGGGCCCCCGCCCCCAACCAACCCCAACCGGGGGGAAAAACCCCCCAAGCCCGCCCGCCCCAAAAAGCCGGGCCCAACCCCCCCGUAUCUGCGAAGACAAAUACUUGUCUUAAACAGCAUGAAGCAUAUUCCUGUCUCCAGCGAGGGCAUUAGCAUUUUAUAUUGUUGUUUGGCCUACAAUGUUGGUCUUCCAGAAGCAAAAAUAUUUUCUGGUCCUUCAAGUGAACAGUUUGGCUAUGCGGUUCAACAGUUUAUAAAUCCAGAAGGCAACUGGUUACUGGUUGGUUCACCCUGGAGUGGUUUUCCGGAGAACCGAAUGGGAGAUGUGUAUAAAUGUCCUGUUGAUCAAUCCACUGCUACAUGUGAAAAGCUGAAUUUGCAAAGUGAUCGAGAAUCUGUUGACAGUGAUCCACGUUCUGGGCGCUGGAGCACCACUGUUGAGCUUCCUGUGGCAGCAACCACCCGAGCAAGUGCUGUGGUGGGGGUGGAGAGCAGCCACAGCUUGGGCGCCUCCCCAAGUGGCACAUGGUGCCCGGCCCCAGGGGAAAGAUAUCAAGUUGUGCUAACGUGUGGUCCUCUGUGGGCACAGCAGUGUGGCAAUCAGUAUUACACAACUGGUGUGUGUUCUGACGUCAGUCCAGAUUUUCAGCUCAUGGCCAGCUUUUCACCUGCAGUUCAGACCUGCCCUUCCCUCAUAGAUGUUGUGGUUGUAUGUGAUGAAUCAAACAGUAUUUAUCCCUGGGAUGCAGUAAAGAAUUUUUUGGAAAAAUUUGUACAAGGCCUGGAUAUAGGCCCCACAAAGACACAGGUGGGGUUAAUUCAGUAUGCCAAUAAUCCAAGAGUUGUGUUUAAUUUGAACACUUUUACAACCAAAGAUGAAAUGAUUGUAGCAACAUCCCAGACAUCCCAACAUGGUGGGGACCUCACAAACACAUUCAAAGCAAUUCAAUUUGCAAGAGAUUUCGCUUAUUCGGCUGCUUCUGGUGGACGACCAAGUGCUACCAAAGUAAUGGUGGUUGUAACUGAUGGUGAAUCGCAUGAUGGCUCAAUGUUGAAAGAUGUGAUUGAUCAAUGCAACAAUGACAAUAUACUGAGGUUUGGCAUAGCAGUUCUCGGGUACUUAAACAGAAACGCCCUUGAUACUAAAAAUUUAAUAAAAGAAAUCAAAGCAAUUGCUAGUAUUCCAACAGAAAGAUACUUUUUCAACGUGUCUGAUGAAGCAGCUCUACUAGAGAAGGCUGGGACAUUAGGAGAACAAAUUUUCAGCAUUGAAGGUACUGUUCAAGGAGGGGACAACUUCCAGAUGGAAAUGUCACAAGUAGGAUUCAGCGCAGAUUACUCUCCUCAAAAUGAUAUUCUGAUGCUGGGUGCAGUGGGAGCUUUUGACUGGAGUGGGACAGUUGUCCAGGAGACAUCUCACGGGCAUUUGAUCUUUCCUAAGCAAGCUUUUGACCAAAUUCUGCAAGACAGAAAUCACAGUUCCUAUUUAGGUUAUUCUGUGACUACAAUUUCUACUGGAAAAAGCACCCACUUUGUUGCUGGUGCUCCCCGGGCAAAUUAUACCGGCCAGAUAGUGCUAUACAGCGUUAAUGAGAAUGGCAAUGUCACAGUUAUUCAGGCUCACAGAGGUGACCAGAUUGGCUCCUAUUUUGGUAGCGUGCUGUGUUCGGUUGACGUGGAUAAAGACGCCAUUACAGAUGUGCUCUUGGUGGGUGCACCAAUGUACAUGAAUGACCUAAAGAAAGAGGAAGGGAGAGUCUACCUCUUUACUAUCAUAAAGGGUAUUUUGAGCCAACACCAAUUUCUUGAAGGCCCCAACGGCAUUGAAAAUGCUCGAUUUGGUUCGGCAAUUGCAGCUCUUGCAGACAUCAAUAUGGAUGGCUUUAAUGAUGUGAUCGUUGGUUCACCGUUAGAAAAUCAGAACUCUGGAGCCGUGUAUAUUUACAAUGGUCAUCAGGGCACUAUUCGCACGAAGCAUUCCCAGAAAAUCUUGGGAUCUGAUGGAGCCUUUAGGAGCCAUCUCCAGUACUUUGGGAGGUCCUUGGAUGGCUAUGGAGAUUUAAAUGGGGAUUCCAUCACUGAUGUGUCCAUUGGUGCAUUUGGACAAGUUGUUCAACUCUGGUCACAAAGUAUUGCCGAUGUAGCUGUAGAAGCUUCAUUCACACCAGAAAAAAUCACUUUGUUCAACAAGAAUGCUCAGAUAACCCUCAAACUCUGCUUCAGUGCGAAGUUUAGACCUGCUAAGCAAAACACUCAAGUGGCCAUUAUGUAUAACAUCACACUUGAUGCAGAUGGAUUUUCAUCCAGAGUAACCUCCAGGGGUUUAUUUAAAGAAAAUGGUGAAAGGUUCCUGCAGAAGACCAUGGUAGUAAACCAGGCACAGAGCUGCUCUGAGCACAUCAUUCAGAUACAGGAGCCCUCUGAUGUUGUCAACCCUUUGGAGCUGCGUGUGGACAUCAGUCUGGAAAACCCUGGCACUAGCCCUGCCCUCGAAGCCUAUUCUGAGACUGCCAAGGUCUUCGGUAUUCCUUUCCAUAAAGACUGUGGUGAUGAUGGACUUUGCAUCUCUGAUCUAGUCCUAAAUGUCCAACAGCUGCCAGCUGCUCAGGAACAACCCUUUAUUGUCAGCAACCAAAACAAAAGGUUAACAUUUUUAGUAACACUGAAAAACAAAAGGGAAAGUGCAUACAACACUGCAAUUGUUGUUGACUUUUCAGACAACUUGUUUUUUGCUUCAUCUUCUAUGCCGGUUGAUGGGACAGAAGUAACAUGCCAAGUUGCUUCAUCUCAGAAGUCUGUUACCUGUGAUGUAGGCUACCCUGCUUUAAAGAGGCAACAGCAGGUGACUUUUACUAUUAACUUCGACUUCAAUCUUCAAAACCUUCAAAAUCAGGCAUCUCUCAGUUUCCAAGCCUUAAGUGAAAGCCAAGAAGAAAACAAGGCAGAUAAUUUGGUCAAGCUCAAUGUUCCUCUUCUGUAUGAUGCUGAAAUUCACUUAACAAGAUCCACCAACAUAAAUUUUUAUGAAGUCUCCUCGGAUGGGAAGGUUCCUUCUAUUCUGCACAAUUUUGAAGAUAUUGGUCCAAAAUUCACCUUCUCCCUUAAGGUAACAACAGGAAGUGUUCCAGUAAGCAUGGCGUCUGUAAUCAUCCACAUCCCUCAAUACACCAAAGAAAAGAAUCCACUGAUGUACCUGACUGGGGUGCACACAGACCAGGCUGGUGACAUCGGUUGUAACGCAGAUAUCAAUCCACUGAAAAUAGGACAAACUUCUUCUUCUUCUGUAUCCUUCAAGAGUGAAAAUUUCUGGCACACGAAAGAAUUGAACUGUAGAACUGCUUCCUGUAGUAAUGUUACCUGCUGGCUGAAAGACCUUCAGGUGAAAGGAGAAUACUUUGUUAAUGUGUCUACCAGAAUUUGGAAUGGGACUUUUGCAUCAUCAACCUUCCAGACAGUACAGCUGAUGGCAGCUGCAGAAAUCAACACCUAUAACCCUCAGAUCUAUGUAAUUGAAGAUAACACUGUCACGAUUCCCCUUACGAUAAUGAAACCUGAUGAGAAAGCUGAAGUACCAACGGGAGUUAUUGUAGGAAGUAUCAUUGCGGGGAUCCUUUUGCUGUUAGCCUUAGUUGCAGUUUUAUGGAAGCUCGGUUUCUUCAAAAGAAAAUAUGAAAAAAUGACCAAAAAUCCGGAUGAGAUUGACGAGACCACAGAGCUCAACAGCUGA